CUCACAGAUCUGCGUGCAAGCUCAAGUCCUCAUUCUGUCCCCCCGAGGUGGACACUCUCUCUCUGGGACAACUUUGCUAUUUCUGUCUGGUCUCCAGCCGCGGGUCCCGCUGCCCGCCUCCAUGGGCAGAUGCUCAAAGACCUGACUGUUGACUACAUUAGAGGUUUCUAGCUUUGGAUUGUUGUUAACAGAAAGCAUUUCUGCCAGAAAGGGCUUGCGUGAGGUGAGCAGGCAGUGUGACAUCAUCAAGCCUUCUGUGGAGUUUACAAUAGGGCACAAAUGAUGGACUAUAAAACUGGAAGGAAAAUAACACAUUCCUUCUUGUUUCCGAUGAAGGCCACCUGAAGGCACGAUGCCGUAGGAACCACUUGACUACUGUAGCUCUGGUGGAAGGUCGUGUGUAUGAUUUUGAGGUCGGCGUUUGCAUGAAUGACUGAGCAAAUGAGCCCAUAGGUCCUCGCCUACGACAACGCAGAAUGACUUCCGCUGAGCUGCGCCGUUCAGGCCGCAAGAGUGCAGGUCAUCGAAAGCACAGUGAUGGAGGCUACAGCGACACCUCAAGCGUUGGAUCCUACCUGGACGAGACUGACCGUGAGGUCAGCAACCUGACGGAUCGAGCAUUCAGGAGUCUCUGCAUUGGAGACGAGGCGGUUUACAACGACUCAGAUCUCUGCUCGUCUUCUCCGUGCGGCCAGAGAGACAGACAGCUGGCCUUUUGUCAGAGACGUCAGGACGGAGACGGAGAUGACGAUAACGAGAGGGAGGAGCUUGACAGGACUGUGCACGAAGGCUUCCGCCUUAAGACGCAGCAGUAUGGACCGGACCAGAUCCAUGGCCCAAUGUAUGAAGCUGAGAUACAGAGAGAUCCACGUUGGGAGAUUAAUGGGGAAAGAGGGCAAGGGAGGGUUUCUGCCACAUUCCGGCACUCCUUUGUGGAAACCUCUCAACAGGAAGAGUACCUGGGAGAAGAACAGCUUUCCUUCCACAGCAACGGAGCCACAGAGUCCAGUAUGCAGCAACGUAGAAGCCGCUCAAGAGUUUCUUCUCUGAUCAGAGCUUUUAACUCUGAGGGACAGAGGGACGGAGCAGGAAUGGAUGGUAAACUCAGAGAGUGGAACGAUGAGACAAGCUGGGACAAAUCUGCUCUGAUGAGCAUCCGAAGGGAACUUUCCGAGUUCUCUACGUCUUACCAGCAAAACAGUGGGAAUUUCCCCUCAGCUGGUCCGUUCUCACCACAUGACAACAACUUCCACUCCCACGAAUUAGCAGCAGCGGCUCACGUAAAUUAUGCGUCGUCUUUUAUAAGCUCAUCCCACAAUAGACAAAGCAUGUCCGAGCAACACUGCCGGUCUAACUUCUUUAUACACAGUGAGUUCAGUCCCUUCAAGGUAUGGAGGGACCAUAGCAGGUUUCCCUUCCAACAGGCCGGAGUCUCAGGGUUUGUGCACUGUUCAGAGUUCCCUAAAUGGUAUGAGACACCAAUGUACAGGGAGCUUUCGCUGGAUGCCCAACCACAGGGUCCCUAUCGGUAUGACGAGAGGGGUAUCAGACACCCAAGAAAUACCAUGGCGCCCGCGGCUCCUCCCGCUCUUCCGCGCCCCACCUCAACGUCCACGUUGCUGCAGAAGGCUUCAGCCGUGGAGAAGCGCUGUGAGUCAGAGUUGACGGGUCAUUACCCCCACAAGACGUGGAUGCAGAGCCCGGGAACCAAAAGGUUCCCAUCGCAACGGCCGUCGACCGCGUCGCCCACCAGUGAGAUGUCUCGGCGCGUUCAGGACACCAUCAGCUCCGUCAAAGCCCUUCAACAAAAAAUCAAAAUGAUGACGGAGCAAAAUUCUGCAACAGGGAUAACAGCAAAUGAACAAGGAGGGCUCUGUAGCAAUGCUCCUUUAAAUCCUUUUGGCAACGGCGCACCAAAUGCUGUCCGCGGUGACACAAGCACGACUCCCUUCAGCAUCAGCCACCUGCUAACGCCUUUAGUCCGUCACGAAGCGGAGACGACAGAGGUCCGGCACUCCGCCGUUAGCCCUCAACCCGUGGAGCAUCCUCCGGUGCGAGCAGAGAGCAGGGGAGCCACGCCUGAUGUUCGGGUGUCCAGCUACAAAUCCAGGGCCACGGGACUACUCUUCAAUCUCAAAGACAACAGGAAAAGAGUAAAAAGCACCUACAGUCCAGCCACAUUUAUAGGAUCAGAGACCCUGGAGAAAAACAAACACUGCUCCACCCAGGAAUCUAGAGAUACUGUGAUAGACAUCCCUGAUUUUCCGGAUCGAGACGUGCAACUUUUCCAGGGAGAGGAAUCCAGCGUGGAAAGUGCUGACUCACAUCAAUACGUAAACCAGUAUAACAUCCCUGGAUGGUUUACAAGACAAAAUUCUCAAACUGCACAUAGAGGCCUGUAUCCAGAGUACACAUCAAGGGAUUACCAGAGAGGUCGGAUACAAAGUGAUGUGGUUAAUCCUUCUGAAUUCACUGGCUUCUUACCUGAAAAUAAUUCCAGCUAUCAGCAGCCGGCAAACGGACAGACUCUCCAUGAAGACAUAUGGUCCUUUAAUCCUCAUAAGCAAGACAAUGCCAAUAAUGUAGAAACUCCGGGAGGAGAUCUAUACCGGUUUGAGCCAUCUUACACAGCUACAGAAAUACCAAGGCUAAAUGCUGACAACAAUCAACCAAGAGAAGAUUUAAUAAGUAAGGCAAAUGCUGAACAACAUGUUAAUGAAACAUUGGGAAGGGAAUUCACAAAGGUGGAUGGAUAUGAGCAACUGAAAGAAAACAAACAUGAUUACAGUAAUGUAUCUUCGGAGGAUAGGUGGAGACAAACAAACACAGAAAAUCUCCGUCUGAAAACCAUCUCUCCAUGGAAACAAGAGAUAACUGCUUUAACGGAUAAAGAGCAACAUGAAGAGUCUUACCAAAGAGCAGACGUGAUGAAGGAGAGAGCAAACUCACUCAACAAAAAAUACAGAGGAGAAAAUCAGUUUAUGGACACUUUUUCUUAUGGUAUAAAUUCUCAUAAAAAGGCUGAAUUGGUCAGUACUAAUAUUUCAAACCAGCAGCCACAAAAUGCUCCAUUUUGUUAUGACACUGUUGCAAGAUCAGCAUACAGCGGACAACAGCAACCUGGAACUUUAAAGGACAAAAGUCCACAUCAAAAGUAUAACGGACACAUUCAUGAAAAUGAAUUUAAGGAAAAUAAUUUGACACAGAAGUAUAACAGACAUACGGAUCAACAAUCUAAUGAAGACAAAAGUACACAGUUACAAGAAACGCGCCGUAGAAAACAAUUUACGCCGAUUCCAAAGGUGUAUGAAAAGCAAAGCCAGCCGCCGACCGAACAGAGACCGAGUCAUGGACCUGCACUGGCAAACCAGGUACAAGUCAGGCACUUUGUCGAGGUCAGGACAGAACCGGCCGUGACAGAGCACAUGAAAGUGCAACGCGCCCACGCAGAGCUGGCGAAGCCUCAGCACGGGGAUCAAGUGGAGCCGCCUGCCGCAGCAGAGUCGGCUGGGUUAAUUUUAGCAGGGACGACUGGUCUGGAGAAAGUCAGAGCGGAUCAGGCCAGAGCAGAAGUAACGGGGCAAAAGAGAGUAAACCCGGCUAGAGCGGAACAUUUUGAAGAGGAGAAAAGAGAACAGGAAGAGUAUGGAGAAAAACAACCAUGUUGUACAAGAAAGGAACAAACAGAAACAGGGCAAAUAAGAGCACAGAAGGUAACAGAGGAGCCUACAGACAUUACGGAGGAAGUAGGAACUGAGCACGGUGUGCAGGUCAAAGCAAUACAAGCUGAAGCUGAGAGACUAAAAAAAGAACACAUAAAAACUGAACUGGCAAAGACAGAACAAGCUGGACGGGCGAGAUUGGAAGAAGAAGUAAAACUAGAGGAGAUACGAAAGCAACAAGUUGAAGCGGGACAAAAGACUGAGGUGGUUGAAGUGGAAAAGGUCAACGCAAACAGCAUUCUUGUUGAGGCUGUUAAACAAGAGAGCGGUGAGGAAGAAACAGUUGGAGCGAGUCAAUUUAAUGCAGAUCAACUUACAACACAGAUAAAUAAAGCCAAAGUGACAAAGACAGAUCAGACAAAGUUGGAACAAACCAAAGCAGAGGCAACGAGAGACAUGCAGGAGAGGUUGUCUAAAACUGCAGCAAAACAAACAGAGACACAACAGAUCAAAAGUGAGCCGGGCAAAGUGAAGACAGAGCUGGCUGAAAUUAAAGCAGGAGAGCAAAAAGAGAAAAGAGAUCUUCCCCAAAUACAUCACCAAAGGGAAGACAUAGAUGUCACAGGGCAAUAUUUGGAUGAAGCUAACAAAGGGUCUGAAGAGUAUGAGCGUCUUCGACAGAAAUACGGUUUCAUUGAUACAGACUCUGUAAGCAAAAACAAAGCAUCCGCCACAGGAAAUGUUUCCUUGAAUGGUGCAACAACAGCCGCAUCUGUCGUUAAAGUUGAGACGACAAAUAGCGAAAAAUCCAAAAACAGUUCUAGUCCUAGAAGCAAAGGUGAGACAGCCAACACAGAAGAAAAAGAGGAAGUAGGCGUUUUCAAACCCACUGAGAUGAAAGAGAGCCGGUUUGUUUACAGUGAGUCAUACAAAGACUUCGAAUUAUCUGGUGGAAAUCAUUUACCUAAAAAUGUAGAUAAAAUGAAUGAUGACAGUGUUGAAAAGUUGGAAAAGUGUGACCCCUUGAAACAAACUGAUAUUUCCCAGCACAGAGAGUCAAUUCAGUUCAAUUCAGCUCAAAUGCUUCAUCUUGAAAGAAACCUGAAGUCCACUGAACACAGUGCAGGUCCGGGGAAAGAUCAGCACUUCACUCCUCCCAGGGCAUCGUCCAGCAAAGAGAGAGCUCAGACCAAGCAAGAGAUUCUGACCUCCAGGAUAAAAGCUCAUGCUGAAAAAGAGAUUUCAGCUAUUAAAGAAAAGGGUUUUGCUGUAAGAGACGGGUUUAUCUUCAAAAAUUCUACAAAGCAAUUAUUAGGUGGUCUAAGUUAUAAUAUACGACAAAUGCCUCCAUCACAGGAAGUGGCUAGGAAGCAUGAAAGCACUAUACCCAGUAAUACAACAACGAAGCGCCUGAUGGAGCCUCCAGGACUACAGACAGAAACAAUCAAGUCUGUUUUACCUCCCAGCUCGGCUGCAUUAUCUGUUAGGUCUGCAGCAACCAGCAGUCAGCUAGUCGACCUGCUACUAAAACAAGGUCCUCAAGAACCAAUGAAGAGCAACUAUGAUGCACCAAAACCACUCGGAGAAGAAAAGAUGGGGAGUUAUUCCAUGAGCACAAAUGAGGACAUGGGAGAAAAUCAAAAGAAAGAUAAACCAUGUGAAAUUAAGUCAACAAUACAAAGUAAAGAACAACCCUCCAAAAACAAGCGACGCAACUUGGAGGCCAAUCAAGGAGAAACCUCUGGAAAACCGAUAGAAGAACACAUCAAGAUUCCUGCCACAAACACUGACGAUUUGGACAAAAAGAAAGAGGAUCCAUCACAAGCUACGGCUCUGGUCAAAGCAGACGACUCUGAAAGCAUAACGACAGAAAAGACUGAGAGUGAAGCUGAAGCAAUUCACGAGGACUCAGCACCUUCAAUAAAUCUGGUCUUUGGUCAGAAGGAGAUCCCAGCCGCAGAUGACAGCUUGCAGAUUAUGGGAAUAAUGGUAACUGUGCGGGAAAGAAAGCGAGCUACGGACAACAGUCCGGGCAAGAGCAGCAUUCAGGAACACAUGACAGUAAAAGAGUGCAGUAAUGCAGAGAUGGAUAGAUUUCAUCCUGGCUCGGGUCUGGAAGUAAGUGAUGGAAAUACAUCUCCAGAAGAAGUUAGUGCUGUACAGAACACUCCUCCUGCAGUGAAGCAAGAUCCAACUAGAGUUGAUAGUAAUGCUCAUCUGCAGGAAAAUCCAACAUCAGAGACAAGACAGAACAAUGUGUCUGAAAACAUCAGUGGGAAAAGGGCUAAUCACCAGCUGGAGAGUUCUUCUAUAAAUGCUAAGCCACAACUCCACGAACAAUUGGAUGAACAACCUGUGCCCUCCUCAGUCAUGUUAGCAACUAAAAAUGAAGUGGCUGAAAUUCAACCCCUUCUCCGCAACCAAGAAAUAACGACAAGUCAAACAAAAUACAACACAAAUGAAAUGUCAGAGGAAAACUCAGGAAAGAGCAUAUUGAAAGAUGAAGAAAAGAGAUAUACUGAAGAGACGAAUCUUCAGAAAAGGCAAACAACACAUACACAGAACUCUAUGGCCAAAGUGGUGAAUACAGUAAUCAGCUACCCAAAAGAUUCAAACGCCGCUGAUGCUGCAACUCUCAUCAAACGCGAUGUCCAGCCAUUAGUGAAAGAGGAAGAGACAACUGUCAUAAACGCAUACAAAAGCAGGAACGCAGAAGGCGAGCGUGCGCUCCCCGCGGAAGAAAAGGCCUCUUACUCAAUUACACCAAAGCCGAACACCAAACAUCAGAACAAAGAAACACUUAUUGGAGGAACUGAUCAAAUGCAUGAUAAAGUGCAUACGGGCGCCAUUGCUGUCAGAGUUGCAACAGCAGUAACUGAGAAGGACAACCCAAAUUUGGCGGGAAAACAUCAUGUCAACCCUGUUCCUUCUGACUUGGUUGCUGCUAAUGAACAAAAGCAAGUUGGUUCAUCGGUUCUUGAAGAAAAAGUAAUCUCUUUCAACCAUGAAGACAGAGGCAAAGACUUUAUUUCAGGAAGAAGUGAGAAGCAGGUGGAAAACUGUUUAGAAGACACAUCUGGAGUUCAAUGUGUGUUGUCAAGUGCAAAGAAACUGUCUGAUUCAUUAAAAAUGAGCCAUCAACCGGACAACACAAAUACAAACAGUGGGAUUACUCAAACUAAAAUGGCAAAGCCUGAUAAGUUAAACAAAAGCGUGAAGUCCGUGGAUGAAUCAAUGAUACAACUAAUGGUAGGAGACUACUUUCAAGUUCAAAGCGUAGCAGAAACAAGUAAUGAACCACACAGCUCUGCAAAGGUUGGAGAUUCGUCAGAGGCUGUUUCAAAGGGAGAGGAACUUCCGAGAUUGCCACCCAACAAGGCAGCUAUCUGCCAUGAGUCAUGCUCUGAAGGAAAACAUGAAGACCCAACGUUGGGUUACAGUAAGAGGAAAACAGUUGAAUCAAGUUCUGUUAGAAAGAACCGAGAAACUGAAGGUAAUCCGGCCUCCAAACAAAGUUAUGGUCCCUCAGAGAGAUGGAGUAAUGAAAAUGAGAACACAGAUGCAGGUCAAGCUAGUCAUAUCGUAAAACAUCAUGGAGACAAUCGGUCCAGUUCGUCAGCAAGGGAAAGACAGAGUACAAGAAGUUCUAAUGCAAGGAAGGACCAAAGGGUCAAAGAAAAGCCUGAAAUAAAACCAUUACCAAAAGAAAGGGUGUCCACAAUACCUGAGAUUUCAGCAAUUGCAGACUAUGCAAGAUUAAAAGUAAUUGUUUCAGAAGACGAGGAAAACGUAAUUCAGGAAUUCCCACCCAAUAAAAAGGAGGGAUUCUUUCCGCUAAUACAAACUCGUCAUAGCAGACGUCCAGUGUUCACUGCUGACCCACAAGAUCUCUCUGUGAAGGACAAACAUUUGCACAAUGAAACGGAAGCCAGCCCUAAAGUGAACAAAGAGGCCAAACCUUUAGUAUUUCCCAUAACAGAGAAAGAACACCAACGGACAGGAAUGUUCAAGCUGGCAGACAAAGAAAUACAAGAGAAAAAGCCUUUGGAUACCAAAAUCAAUGAAUGUGUCCCAGACACAGGGGCAAAACAUGCACAACAUCUCAAAGACACAAACAAAUCACCAACAACUCCCCAUAAGAACCAAAGAAGUGAAGAACAGGAAUCUGAAUCUGGAGUUUGUCAUGUUGCACAAAAUAUUCAUCAUCCAAACAAUCCUCCCGUUCAAGCAACAACCUCAACUUCUGCUGUGAACGAGCAGAGAAGCACUUCUGUGUCACAACACCUGAAGGCCCUUGAUGGGUUCAACGUACAGGGAAGCGCAGCAACGCAACGGCAGAGAGGAGCAAAACAGUUUGAGGAGAGAAACACUUCUAGGCUAGAAGAGGAGAAAAGAGCAGAAGACAUGAGAGUGAAACGUUUGCUGGAGGAGAAUAGAGCUUCUGUGGCCAAAGAGGAGAGAAGAGCCGCUCAGAGAGAAGAAGAGAAGAGAGCAAGAGAGCGGGAGGCCAUCGCCAUGAAAAUCAAGCAGAGACGGGAAAAACAGAGAGAGGCAGAAAGAAAAGCGAGAGAAAAACAAGCUGCUCAAAAGGAAGAGGAGGUGAGAACAAAGCAAAGAGAAGAAGAAAGACAAAUGCAGGAAAUUGAGGAGGAGAGGUUGAUGAUGAUCGAGAAGGGGCGAAGACAAAAAUUGAGAGAGGACGAAGAGCGGAGGAAAGAGGACAAGGAGAGGAGGUUGAAACAGCGAGAGGAUGAAAAGGCCGCACAAGAGGAGCAACAAAGGAGAGCUGAUCAUGAGGAGCAUCAGAGGAGAGCUGAUCAAGAAGAGCAGCAGAGGAGAGCUGAUCAAGAGGAGCAGCAGAGGAGAGCUGAUCAAGAGGAGCAGCAGAGGAGAGCUGAUCAAGAGAAGCAGCAGAGGAAAGCCGAUCAAGAGAAGCAGCAGAGGAAAGCCGAUCAAGAGGAGCAGCAGAGAAAAGCCGAUCAAGAGGAGCAGCAGAGGAGAGACGAUCAAGAAGAGCAGCAGAGGAGAGCUGAUCAAGAGAAGCAGCAGAGGAAAGCCGAUCAAGAAGAGCAGCACAGGAGAGCUGAUCAGGAGGAGCAGCAGAGGAGAGCUGAUCAGGAGGAGCAGCAGAGGAGAGCUGAUCUGAUUGAGGUGCAAAGGCAAGCUAAACAUAACGAAGAAAGAAUACUUGCUGAGAUUGAGGCGAAAAAGAAAAUUAAACAGAGGGAAAGGAUACAAAAACAGGAGCAGGAGACUGAAGAGCAGAGGGGACAACAAUAUAUACAUGAAGCAUUCAUGAGAAGUCAGAGAGAGGAAGAUGAAAGGAUUAUAAACAUGAUAAAACAAAGACAAACUGAAGAGGAAAGGAACAGACGCCUGGAGGAGAAUCAAGAAGCCCUGAAAGAAGAGAAGAGAGUAGCACAAGAAUGGAUGCAAGCUCAAAGAGAGGAUGAGGCCAGGGCUGAAAACAGAGGAGGAGGAGGAGGAGAAGAAGAGAAGUCAGCAAAUGACAGAGAAAAGGAGAGAGACACUCAGAAGAGGGCAGCACAGAGGAUGGAUGCUCUUCAGUACUACGCCAUUACCUCAAAACAUACAGACAGGAAGCCAAGAGAAAGACAGCUACGCUCCCCUCCACCUUCUCCACAAAGACACAAUCUGUCAGGGCUCGCCUCAAGUGAGGACUCAGGAUCCCACACUAGGUCUUAUAGGCCACAUGCUCCUGCAUCUCCAGCUCCAUCUCUGCCUCGCUCCAACACCUCCUCUCCCUCUCUGGGAGGCAAGCCCUUAAUGUUCAGGGUGAAGGAUAACACCAUUAGAGGUUCUUCCUUCACCAAGUCGGUCAAACCACGCUUCCAUAAGAACUUUGGGGAAGAUUUCCGGGUAGGUUCACCUAUGGAAAGGGGGUCAGGGAGAGAAGAGGACGAGCAGGACUUACUUAGACGCAGUGCUGGACCUCCUGGCUGCCCUGACGCAGGGUUAAAGAGAGAAUCUUCUGCUCUUCAAACAGCAUAUUUAUCCCAGGAUUACUCAGCCCUUCUCCAGCAGCGGAAGCCUUACUCCAGGAGGAGCGUCGUCUUGGAUGAGGACGACUCGCGUUCCGUCAUCAGCAAUAUGUCAGAGGGCGGGGAGAGUUUUGCCACCAGCGCAGCCGACCUGGCGGAUAUACGAGGCCUGUAUGACUACGAGAGGCCAGAAUCCGCCUGUAGUUUCAGCAGUGGAGCCUCCCGUUCUUUGGGAAAGCCUCCGACUGUCCCCCCCAAGAGCGAGAAAGCCUUGCGCAGAGCGCAAAGGUUGACGACUCGGAGAAUCAGGAAGGAGUUGACCAAAAUCGACGGCCAUGCUGGAGUUGAGAAAUCUCUUCAAGACGUCUCGAGUGUUGAGGAACGCUCCGCCAGCCACCAAGUUGUGGCCUCCCCUCAUUUUUCCUCACCUAUCUCCCUUGCUCAUGCCCCAACAUCUGGGUCUGGCUUUCCCUCUUCGUUCACAGAGCACCUUUCUUCUCACAGCCCAUUCUAUGCUUCCCCUCAUGCCACUGGUCCUAUCUCCCUCCCAUUGGCUUCACCUCAUGCCGCCGUUUCCCUCCCCGAUGCCUCUUUUAAAGCAUCUGGCACUGCUUCCCACUCUGCUGCUCCUGAGACGAUUGCUCAUGUUCCUUCUUCUCCAACUCUCUAUCCCGCCAACCACCAAGCCCCAGUGACACAGUACCAUGUAGAGUCAAGCUACCCCCACUCCUACCCACUGACCCAGCGUAAGGUGCUGCAAGACCUCGGCUCUGGUCAGUAUUUCGUGGUGGACGUGCCCGUUACAGUGAAAACGAAGACGUUCUUCGAUCCGGAGACGGGAAAGUACGUCCAGUUGAAUGUGCGCCAGUCGGGCCAGAACUACGCCCGACCUCAGCCCCAGCAGACACACCCACAAGCCCAGCUCCAACCCCGAAUGCACGGCAAGCCUCAACAUCAGCCCGCGGACCCGUCAGCUAGCAAGCCUGCCGUGCUUCAUCAAGGCAACCACGAUCAUCCCCGAGACCACCAACCUCCAGCCGCCACCUCCGUACCCCGCCACAGUUCAUCACCCCCCUCGACUCUCCACCAGGACGAACGUCCCGUGGUGGAGAGCCACGUUCACGGAUAUCCAGCCCAUCAAAUGGGACAGAAAUGUGAGGGGCAUCGCUACAGUCCAGAGAAGGCUCCAUACAUGGACACGGCUAAUGACAAAGGAAAAACAUGUAGCACAGUCUACAACGUACAUGGACCAAAUGAGUGGUGCCCGGAGAAUGAUGCAAACGGCCGGCGCGCAGGAGGCCCGGUUGGUGAAAAUGAUGACUCAGCCCACUCCCAGUGUGAGCCCCGAGAUAUAAUAGCCAUCAGCGAACUGGAAGACUUUAUGGAGAUGUCUGACUGGUGAGAUCAAACAAGCUUUUAUUUAAAAAGGCUUAGGGAAGAACGUGUUUAGUAAAAUAAGGAUAGCCAAAGCAAAAGGGGGAUGAUAAUUCAUUAUUUGUAAAUGACUUUUUCAAGUAAACACAGUCACUGUUCACCAUUCCAUUUGACGUUUGAAUGUGAGAAGCUACGGUAUGUCUCUUGUGUAUAAAGAAUAAUCUGCAGCCCGCUGCCUCUUAGAAGUACUGCAUCAUACGUAAAACAGAAACAGUGUGAGUAGUUGGAAGAAUCAUUGAUUUCUGCUAUGGUCUGCAGGUCUGCCUGAGUUUUUAUUCAUUUCUUUCUUGCUGGGGAAAGCCAACUUCUGACUUUUUGUGAUGCAUGAAAUAUUGUCCAAGCCACAGCAUCAGAGAAAUAUGAGCAGAUGGUGUACAGAGUUUUUGUGUAUUCAACCACUGUGUCAAAGUAAAAAGAUGGUGGUGUGAUUAUUGCUGUUUUUAAGGUUUUAUUUCAUACAGUAGUCAUGUUUAAAGUUGGGAGUUUAUGAGACUGAUUCUGUGGUGCUGUGAAACAGAGUAGAAUGGCGUGUUCUAAUUCAGGCAAUAAAAACACACUUCAUUAAAACACAUCAUUUCUAACCAUAUAAUUGUCUUUCAAAAUGAUGCUUUUAAAGGUUAUAAAUAAACAAAAUUCAAAUAUAAAA